ACACAAUAUGUGAACGAGAACGUAAAAGAUUCGAUCGUAAGUCUUUUGUAGUACUCGAUGAUAAUGUUGAGAGUGAUAAUUGGGACGAAGUGGUAGUUAGUAUUGACGAGCUUGAGGAAAGCGAUCAAUCUAGGAUUACGGAAGACCGUGCUUAUGGUGAUAUAAUAAUUAUGUUACCCGAACCUAUAUACAACG